AGUUCAUUGAAGUCUUUGACGGCUUUUAAAUCGCUGAAUUUGAGAAGACGCAACAGAGUCGAGCAUAUAUAUGUCUAAACUCGGAACGGGAGUAAGAACACGAAGCUGUCAGCGCCCGUUUUUUGCUGUAAAUGCGGUUUCGCAGCUCGCUCCCGUAAAGCUUUCAUUGUUGACGUUGUUUUGUUGUACUGCGCUUUACGCAAUAGGACGUCUUAGCCAUUUCACUCGGCCUAGUCUUUUUUUUUUUUCACCUUCCGAAAAUCACUGUCGACCUGAGUUAGUCUGUCUGCCUCGGUUCCGAAUGUAACGCCUUUGUUCUUGUUCUUUUAUCGACGUUUCACUGUACUUUCCUUUGAAGUUGUACGAAACGUAAAGACGUCGACAUAUGUGGCGUUUUUUUGUUUGUUUUUUUUGACAACGGGCAGAAUUCCGCCAUUCUGCUCGUCUAAAUGCCUUUAUCCGAGUUUAUUACAUUGGUUUCCACUUGUUAUUUAAAGUGUAUGUUCUCCGUCCUUCUCUGUACUGAAUGAAUGGACUUUAAAUGCGCACGCGCGCUGGACCUGAACGUUUAUAAACAAGGCAUCGUCACAGGACAAUAGUGAUAUAAUAGUUACAUCAUGGUUUGGGAGGUGAAAAAUCCACCUCUUCCAUCAAGCGACUCCCAUGAUUGCAACAUGCAACAGGCUGACCAUCAGACUCAAUACACAGGAAGAAUGAGCGCUGACGGGGACCAGGCUCAUGAUCCGCUACGCUGUGACGAACACUUCCUCUCCUCCCCCGGAAUCCCCACCAGCGACAGCUUCAUGGAAUAUGACGACCUGCCAGACCUCCAGGAGGUUCGGGAGGAACUAACGGCGGCGCCCGUUUACCAGGUGGAGCUUGGUGUGUCGCACCAGGAGCGGCCUCAGCCUCCAGAGACGCUCUGGCUCACACAGCUGGCUCACAUCGCCACGGGGCCCCAGAGCCCACUUCUACAGGACCUGCCUCACAGCAGCUCCUCUGCGGUCUGCAUCCCCAGCACCAGCAGUGAUCUACACACCUACGCCCGUCCUCCACCUACUCUCCCGAUCAGCUCGUCGCCCUCUAGAGUUCACAGCAGGGAGCGACAUCGCAGCAGGACGAGCAGCGAGUGUGGCUCUGCCGUGUCAACCAGGUCCUCCCUGUCUGAUGAUGAGGACAUGGGCUGGAGUUUCUCCUGUCCACCCACAGUCUGGCACUGCUUUCUAAAAGGAACUCGCCUGCGUUUUCACAGAGGCUCAUGUAUGGACUGGCAGGACGUUGAGGACAUGGGGUCUGGUGACGAACACCGUGCCGAUGAGGAGCGCUCAAGAUUCCUGAAGAGUUAUGGCUCUGAGGGCCUGCAGCUGGUUGAGCACGAAGAAACUGUGUCCUGUGGUCAGGCCGUCUUGCAGCUAACCUUUGACCCCGGCGUAUUCGGACAUACGCCAAUCACGGCCCGGUGCCAACUGGAUCACCCUUUCUACGUCAAAAACAAAGGAUGGUCCUCGUUUUACCCAAGCUUGACUGUGGUGCAUUAUGGGAUACCCUGCUAUGAAAUGGAAGUGGGCGACAUGUGCCUGCCUCCUGGACACCGGGAUGCUAAGCAUACGGAUGAUUCGCUAGUGUUUGACACAUUUAGAAGUUAUGACUUCACUCCUCUGGACUCCUCCGCUGUUUACCUGCUGAGCAGCAUGGCCAGACGCCGACAUGCCUCACAGUCCAGCGGGGGCGCCGUUUCUCCCGACAGAGACACAAUGCGAGAUAGCCACAGUCCCAGCCAUUCCCUCUCCAAACAUCCAAAGCCAGCUAAAGCUAAAGCGCAAGCUAGCAGCAGUGCCUCGCCCAGUAAGUGCAAGCGGCCAAUGAAUGCCUUCAUGCUGUUCGCCAAGAAGUUCAGAGUGGAGUACACGCAGAUGUAUCCCGGCAAGGAUAACAGAGCGAUCAGCGUCCUCCUGGGCGAGCAGUGGAAGAAAAUGCGAAGCGAGGAACGCCGCAUGUUCACCCAGCAGGCCAAGGCGCUCGCCGACGAGCAGAAGAGGCUCAACCCCGAUUGCUGGAAGCGCAAAAGAACUAACUCUGGCUGUCAAGGAAAUCAAAGCUGAACUGACGAAGCAUGUGGGAGUACACACGCAGUCGGAGAAAAAAAAAGGAUUCAGUACCACGUCCUGCGUUGAGCUUACGUGUUUAUGAGAUUUCCACCGAUCUCAGAACAAAGUAAACACUCACAGCUGCUCUUGCCUCAAAGCAUGUUUUUAAAAAAAAGAAGUUAUUGUUCCUACCGAUGGGUGUGGUGUCUCCCCGAGCCGCAGGUUCGAACUCUGAGUGGCGUUCGUCAAUUCACAAAAUGUGAUCUUAUGAAAACAGAGAGACUGUGGGUAUUCUCAGCGUCUCUCUUUAUGCUUGAACCAGGUGGAGGUUGUGGUGCUGUAGCAUUUUAGCCAAAGCAGUGUAGCCAAUUUCUCUCAAAUCUACGCCAUAAAAUAGGAUAUAUGCAAUUUAUUUUCUUGCCUGUACUAUUUGUAUUUAAACUAUGUUUCAUUGCACACAAUUAUAUGAUAUGUAUUUAGUGUUAGCUUAUUUUAGCCUUGGUUUAAUGCAACUUUAGUGCAUAAUGUUCAUCUACUAAACAAAUUUACACCAAAUGUAGCGUCAAUUCAUUAAUUGACAGCUCGAGACUUUUAGUCCAAGGUUCUGCUGGAGAGUUGGAAGCAGUUAAUAUCUUACCCACAACAGAUAACAAACUCCAUUUAGUGUGAGACAACAUUAGCUGAUCUCAGAGGCUAAUGCUAAUGUCUAGUCUAAGAGGGGCCAAAACGAAGGCCUUAGAAGAACUCCAAUCUCAAAAAGGCCUUGAACAUGUAAUCUGUCUUUCCACUGAUUGGCUGUUUAAAGAACCCGGUUAUUAUUAUUUACACUGAUUCUUGGUCUUGGAUGCGGUGCGCCACUUAUUAUCGUCCUACACGAAACACAGCAAUUUGGCUGACAGUGAACAUGUGAUAUAAAACGGAAGAAACAGUAAAAAUAUUACAGUUUUUUUUUUUUAAUGGAAAGUUAUUGUAUUGUAGUGUUCAUUUUUGAAAGUCCAUUUUAAAUGAGCUUUAGACAUAGCAUUUUGACUAAAAAGUGGUGAAUUUUAGUCAUAUUCAGGCCAUUUUAGUUUGACUGUAGCAUUAGUCAACUAAAUCUUACCAUAAAUGUCAUGAGUGAAGUCAUAGAGGAAUGCGUUAUUAAGGACCUCUGACGUAUUUGGGAGCAUCAAUUCUUUACCCCGAGGCGAAAUAUUUAAUCUGGAUUGAAUUCACUUGGUGAACUUUGCCAUACACAGACAGCCCUCCUCUCCUCCAGCUGUUAGCUUUAGCCUCCAGUACCAAGAAAUUCAACUUUCAACUAAAGAAGGACACCAAGAGGUAAGACAGUAACUGCUCAUAACGCUUCAACAGAACCUCACAUCAACAACCCUGAGCUGUCUCCUUUAGGUUCUCAUAUAAAAGGCAACGUGUGUAGUUUUUUUUGUUUUUUUUUUAUGUAAAUGAGCAACAGUUCUGUUUGAACUCGACAAACAUUACGAAGCACAUCUUUGAGAACACAUAGAGUUCAUUUCUCUUUUCACCAAACAUCUGCACAGCCAGACUAUAAAGCCACACCUCAAACACAAAAGUGCAGAAAAUGGCACCAAAUCCUACAGGGGACCUUCAAAAGAAACGCUUUACUUGUCUCUGGCUUUUAUUUUGAUAGAGGGAACAGAAGGUUGAAUUUCCUAAAGGAAGUGAAACCAAAAAUUCAUUUGACUUGAUCGCCUCAGUGGUUAACUGAAUAUGGUCGCAAAAUGUGCCUUUGGUUUUAAUCCACAGGGCCAGAUUUGUGUUUAAAGGUCAUUUGUGUAAAAUAGAAGCCAGAUCAACUUAAGCAGUUCUUCAUUAGGAUUUGUUGAUCAUGUAGGAUCUGUUUGGGGUAUUUUGCCCCUCCACAGAUAGUGUUUAAUCUUUUAUUUUGAAAUGUUCCAACCAAAAUCGCAGUGACGCCUCCCAUUUACAUCAAGUCCAUCUUCAACCUUUUAGCUCUAUUCUGUUUGAAUUCCUGUGAGUGAUUUUUGUAGUUUGUAUAUUUCUAGUCACCGUCAGGAAAUUACAGUGAACUCUUUGCAUAAGGCAUAAAAAGCAACAACUGGAUUUACAUGCCCUCUUUAAAGAAUCUCUUUUACAGAAAUUGGUUGCUCCAGUGAAACCAGAGGCCGGUUCCUAUUUACAUUAGCUUUGCCUGAAUUUGCAAUUUAAAGAAAAUGAAUCUAAAUAAAGGAACAAACAUAAAAUAACAUAUUCACCCGUUAGCCCAGCUGGGCUUAACUCAUGAUAGAAUUAAAUAUAUUUUUUAAAUCUUAAGAAAUUUGAUCUAAUUUGGAAAAAAUAAAUAAAAAUCUUUAGAGUGUACCUUUUUUAUACUUUGAAAACCUAGUUAUGCAAUGGUAGGGAAGUGAAAAGCUAGCGUUAGCAUGCUUUCUACUUUAUUCACAGUACAAACCCAGGUGUAUAUUUUAAUCGAAACAGACUUAUUGUUUAAAACUAAGAGUAUAUAUAUAUUUUUUUACUUUACCUCUUACCUUUUAGAAGGCAUUUUAAAGUUGGGUUAACUUCAGCAACAUUUGUCAUUUCAAAUAAGCGUAGUUUUUCUUGGCAGCUAAAGCUAACAGCUAAUCAGAUUGGGCCAAGACGGAAGCAGAUUUUCACUCUUCAGUCAAACAGCGCUUCCUCCACAGAAUCUUAUAAAUCUUUUAAGAUGACAUUUUUUAUAUAAGCAUGAUAAGCGAAUGCCGUUUUACUUUUUUAUGUAAUUUGAGUGCUAUGUGAAAGUCUGGCGCACCUAUUUAUUGUAGCCGAGACAAAACUCAUUUUAAUUGGCUGGUUUUAUCGUCACUGUCUCUUGCUUUCGGCUGUAAGCUGGUUGAGCUGCGUUUGUGUUCCGUAGAAUAGGCGGCCUGUCAGUCGAUGCCUCCACCUGCGCUUCAUCUUUCAUCUUCUCCAUUUCUCCGUCACUCAGUGGCUUUUUUCUCUUAAUUUUCCGCUUUAAUCACUUUCACUUUCUCAAUAGCUGUCUCUGUCCAGGAUGCCAUUCUGUUUAUAUUUG